AUGCAACAUGGCGCUCUAGAAAAGACUGGAAAUAUCAAGUUAAAUUUUACUUCUUUUUGCAGCUCCCUCUCUAUCCCCUCAAGGACGCCGUAUGAUCGAAUAAGCUACGGCACGGGCAAAAGUUUUUCGGGGCAGUCUUUGAGAUGCCAGCAUCCGGAGCCGAGCAAGAACGUCUUAUCGUCUGUCUCACCAUUCGUGCAUCUAUCCUAUCCUCAACGUCUUAUGGAGCAACAUCCAAAUAGCGAGGAAUACUACACAUGCGGCAAGUGUCGAAACAUCUUGUUUUAUAGAGCUCACGUUAUGCACGAGGGCACAACCGGCCACUGCAGCGAUGGAGCGGGGGUGAGCCAAGUGAAGGAACAAUGGGGAGCACGCGAGACGACGUACAAGGGUGUUGGAGGAAAAUGUAGCAGUGUGUUUACCUCGGAAAUGCCAGAAUGGGCUGAGGGCGCAGCCGGCAAUGACGGUCGUCUGAUGUGCCCUAAAUGCAGCGCCCGGGUCGGAUCUUUUUCAUGGUCAGGAGCGCCGUGCUCAUGUGGAAAAUGGGUCACUCCAGCGUUUCAAUUCCAGCUCUCUCGAGUUGAUCCGAAGGGCAUCAUUAACAUACCCACUGCCGUCAUUCGUGACGCCACCGGGAAAGAUGCACCCAGGCCUUCCUGAACGACUGGAGUAUACUUUUCGGACGCCCGUAUUGUGAACCCGGGCUGUACUCAUAUCUCUUUGACGAUGCACUCUAGAAAAUGGAUGGCUCAGCCCACAUUUUUGUCAUUGUUAUCAUGCCAUCACAGCUCUAGAGGGUACCAGCAAGUGCUGCGAGAUGAUAUCAACAGACGACUUUUCAGCGAGAGGAGCAACCAAGGUCGUCGGCGAUGUACUGUAGAGAAAAGUCGAAUAUGCUUGCCCCUCCCCCCUGAAUGCAUCCAGGAAGAGUGAAUAUCAAGACUAUGACAUAUGAAGAUGGCGCAAAGGCUCAAACGAAAUUUGAAAGACGCCCCGAGAGCUGUGAAAGGCCUCCUAGACCGCUUCUCUCCAUGGCAUGGCCGAGCAUACUUUUGCCAAUAUAGUUCCUAAUCUGCUCUGUAGCAUCCUUGUUGCACUUAUAGUAGCCGACGAUGUUGGCGCCGUUGAGUAGAAGCGCAAUAACAACCAUGAGAAGGUACGAGACAUUAAACUUCAAGACGCACACGACA